CAGGUUUCGAUUGGGGGAAUAGUGGGACAGACGUCUACGACAAUAGAAGACGCAGCUGGUAUAUUCAAGGAUCAAGUGCACCGAAAGACUUAAUUAUGGUGCUAGACUUUAUGAAGGAGAACCUGUAAUGUUGUGUCAGUUGAAGAAAGAUGGGAGUAGGAUACCAAAUGAUGACCUGCCUACUACAGAAUGCAGCAGGCAACUGUUGCAAGCCACUGCCCAGAAUAAAAAGUUUUUACAGCAGUUUAUUCCUCAAAAUACUUUUGCUAAGGGGAUUGCAAGAGUCAGUACUGGAUUUCAAUUAGCUAUUGAUGUGUUGAAGGACUCAAGAGAAAAGCAGAAUUUUUCAUCAUCAAACUGUACACAAGCAAUUGUUCUUUUCACUGAUGGAAUGGAGGACAGCCAAUACGAACUAAGUAAAGACAUAUUUAACAAGGAAAACAAUGAUAAAAAGAUCCAUGUUUUUACUUACCUUGUUGGGAGUGAAAAAGGAGCCAAGUUUGAGCCAUUGAAGAAAAUUUCUGAUACUAAUGGAGGUUGCUUGUUUUAUAUACAAACCCUCUCAGAUGUCAGGGAGAAAGUUCUGUCAUAUGUAUCAGUGCUCAGUCGUCCAUUAGCCUUUGCUAAGGGUGGACCAGACACAUCCUGGACCCCAAUUUACCUUGAUCAACUGGUUUUAGAGCGGAUUGACAAAAUUUCUUAUGUUCUGUUAUUUUUCAUGUGUAGGGACUCGGCUUAA